AUGAACCUGCUCAUGGAGGUGAGGGGGGAGGAGAGAGGGGGAGGAGCAGGACAUGAACCUGCUCAUGGAGGUGAGGGGGGAGGAGAGAGGGGGGAGGAGCAGGACAUGAACCUGCCCAUGGAGGUGAGGGGGGAGGAGAGAGGGGGAGGAGCAGGACAUGAACCUGCCCAUGGAGGGUUUGUGGGAGCGGGGAUGCUGUCUGCGGCUGUGGUCGGGGGAGUCUUCUCUUCUCCUCCUUCAGCUGCUGUUCUGUCCAUCAUCCUGCACCUGUACCACACAGGUGUGACUCCCCCUCAGUCUCCCCUUCUCUCCCCCUUAGCCUCCCCUCAGUCUCCCCCUCUGUGCCCCUCAGCCUCCCCCUCAGUCUCCCCUUCUCCCCCCCCAGCCUCCCCUUCUCCCCCCCCUCAGCCUCCCCCUCUCUCCCCCUCAGCCUCUCAGUCUCCCCCUCUCUCCCCCUUAGCCUUCCCUCAGUCUCCCCUUUUCCCCCCCUCAGCCUCCCCCUCUCUCCCCCGCAGCCUCUCAGUCUCCACCUCUUUCCCCCUUAACCUCCCCUCAGUCUCCCCCUCUCUCCCCCUCAGCCUCCCCCUCAGCCUCCCCCUCAGCCUCCCCUCAGUCUCCCCCUCUCUCCCCCUCAGCCUCCCCCUCUCUCCCCCGCAGCCUCUCAUCUCCCCCUCAGCCUCCCCCUCUCUCCCCCCAGGGUGCUCUGGGGUCCUCCUGAUAGUGAAGAACUACACUGGGGAUCGUCUGAACUUCGGCGUGGCAUUGGAGCAGGCCGUGGGGCGGGGCGUUCCUGUUGCCAUGGUGACGGUGGGGGAGGAUUGCGCCUUCACGUGUCCGGGGAAAGCAGGACGCCGAGGCCUGUGCGGGACGCUGCUCAUCCACAAGUUGGCCGGAGCGCUGUCAGAGGAGGGCAGGUCCCUGGACCACAUCUUUCAGACCGUGAGCGCAGCACUGAAGGACAUCGGGACCAUGGGGGUGGCUCUCUCCUCCUGCUCAGUUCCUGGUUCUGGGCCCUCAUUUGAUCUGCCAGCAGGACACAUGGAACUGGGACUCGGGAUCCACGGUGAACCUGGGGUCAAGAGGUCAAAGGUCAUCUGGUGA